AGCUGAGUUUUUCUCUUUGUAACUUUUUUCUUCUGUGCUCACAGAUCCCUUUAGAGAAGAUGCCUCCUGGAAAUGGUUCUUUUGUGACUGAAUUCAUUCUGGUGGGGCUAACAGACCUACCAGAUCUCCAGCUCCCUCUGUUCUGCCUGUUUCUAGUCAUGUAUGUGGUCACUGUGUUAGGAAAUUUGGGCUUGAUAACUCUACUUGGACUGAAUUCACACCUACACACCCCAAUGUACUUUUUCCUUUUCAAUUUGUCCUUCAUAGACCUCUGCUAUUCUUCUGUGUUUACACCCAAAAUGCUGACUAACUUUGUAUCAAAGAAAAAUAUUAUCUCCUACAGGGGGUGCAUGACCCAGCUUUACUUUUUCUGUUUUUUUGCUAUUUCUGAAUGCUAUGUGUUGACAUCAAUGGCCUAUGAUCGCUAUGUGGCCAUCUGUAACCCACUGUUGUAUAAUGUUGUCAUGUCCCCUAAAGUGUGUUCCAGCCUUAUGCUUGGUUCAUAUUUGAUGGCAUUUUCGGGUGCUGUGGCUCACACAGGAAGCAUGCUGAGACUGACCUUCUGUGAUGCAAACACCAUCAACCAUUAUUUGUGUGACAUCCUCCCGGUGCUCCAGCUCUCCUGCACAAGCACCUAUGUAAAUGAACUGGUGGUUUUCAUCGUGGUGGGCAUCAACAUCAUUGUGCCCAGUGUCACCAUCUUUGUGUCGUAUGGUUGCAUCCUCUCCAGCAUCCUCCACAUCAGUUCCACUGAGGGCAGGUCCAAAGCGUUCAGCACCUGCAGUUCCCACAUAAUUGCUGUUUCCUUGUUCUUUGGAUCAGGUGCAUUUAUGUAUCUUAAACCAUCUUCUGCUGGGUCUAUGGAUGAGGGGAAAACCUCUUCUGUCUUUUAUACCAAUGUGGUUCCCAUGAUGAACCCUUUAAUCUAUAGUUUAAGAAACAAAGAUGUUAAACUUGCCCUGAGGAAAGUCCUGAAACUUCAAAUUUCAGCUGACACAGCAAUGGCAACUUGAAGGAAACAUUUGGUGAAUAAGCCAAAUUGUGGUAAUGUCUUUACUGGAAAGAAUGUGGAUUUUUUUAAGGUAAGAAAAUGUCAUUUUAUUUUUUAUUUUAUUUUUAAAAUUUAUUUAUUAUUAUUUUUUUACUUUAUUUUAUUUUAUUUUAUUUUUUUAAGUGUAAUUUAUUGUCGAACUGGUUUUCAUGCAACACCCAGUGCUCAUCCCAACAGGUGCCCUCCUCAAUGCCCAUCACCCACUUUCCUCUCUCCCCCAUCCCCCCAUCAACCCUCAUUUUGUUCUCAGUAUUUAAGAGUCUCUUAUGGUUUGCCUCCCUCCCUCUCUGUAACUUUUUUUCCCCUUCCCCUCCCCCAUGGUCUUCUGUUAAGUUUCUCAGGAUC